AAAGCGGCUGAUGUAAAUCCCAAGCACUGGUGCCGCCGAGCUGGCAAUUAGAAAAAUCGAAAUGCGUUAAAUGUCAAGGACAACGGAAAAGCCACAACAAAAGGAAAACCGAAACGAGAGCGAGAGAGAGCGAGCGAGCAACAACUGGGAAAGUUUUGAAGGAAAGUAGGAAAAUAGCUGCGGAGCAACCCGGAAACAUGUCGAAUCCUCUGCACGGAAGACCGCCAAACGGCUCGGGCUCCUCGUCCGCCUCCUCCUCCUCCUCCCUGUCCGGCUCCUCGCCGAUUUCGGUGACCGUGCAGCCCGGGAACGGGGGACACAACUCCUCGUCCUCCUCGUCGGGCGGUGGCAUCCUCAAGGACAAGGUGGGACUGCCGCCGGUCUACCUCAAUCUCAAUGAUCAGGCCAAGGAUCAGUCCUCGUCCUCCUGCUCCCCUCUGCAGCACUGGGACGACACCCGCACCGCCGACGUCUGGCUGUCCUCCCUGCACAGCGUCAUCUUCAUCAUCACCUGCGCCCUGGCCGCCUUCAUCCUGUUCCGCAACGUGCUCACCUGGCACCUGCAGAGCUUCUGGGGCGCCUCCGGGGACUUCUGGCAGUCGCAGUGGGACAAGUUCAUCGAUUCGUUCGGCGACGAGCCCAUGGUGCUGUGGGUCUUCGGCACCACUAUCUUCACGAUGAUCGUUUACUGGACCGUGGGCACUCUGUACACCUUCAUGGACCUGACCAACCGGCCCGCCUGUCUGCGCAAGUACAAGAUCCAGCCGGGCACCAACGAGCCGGUGGAAGUGCGCCGACUGCUGAAGGUGAUCUGGUGCGUGGUCUGCAACCAAAUAUUCGUGGGCAUUCCGCUGGCCUACGCCAGCUACCGGCUAAUGGAGGUCCGCGGACUGAGCGACAUCCGCGACCUGCCCACUUUCCACUGGGUCUGCUUCGAGCUGACGGUGUGCAUCCUGAUGGAGGAGCUGGGCUUCUACUACUCGCACCGCCUGCUGCACCACAAGCACAUCUACAAGUACAUUCACAAGCAGCACCACGAGUGGACGGCCCCCAUCUCGGUGACGGCCAUCUAUUGCCACCCCAUCGAGCACAUCUUCAGCAACCUUCUGCCGCCCUUCCUCGGCGUCUUUCUGAUGGGCAGCCAUGUGGCCACCGCGUGGCUGUGGUUCGCCCUGGCCAUCCUGUCCACGCUCAACGCCCACUCCGGCUACCACCUGCCGUUCUUUCCCAGCCCCGAGGCGCACGACUUUCACCACCUGAAAUUCAACAACUGUUUCGGAGUGCUGGGCGUGCUGGACCGCCUCCAUGGCACCGAUUCCCUGUUCCGCGCCACCAAGUCAUAUGCGCGACACAUCAUGAUGUUGAGCUUCAAGCCGCCGCGCGAUGCCUUCCCAGAUCCGACGAUGAAGUGAGCCGGAGGAGUCCUCUUGUGCACGGCAGCAGGCCCCUCUCAGUCUGCGUAACAAAUUUUAAUUGUGAUAUGGCAGGGCAGAUCCUAUUUUGUACACCUCAAACGUAGUCGUUGUGCAGACCCUAGAACCCCGCGCACGCGAGCACCGCUCCCAGAGCGAAUCCCCCACAAAAAUGUUAAUCGAGCCGAAUAAAGCGUAAUGUACAUGUGUAGCCAAAAGUGA